AAACAAGUAAGCCAUGUGGUGCGUAUUUUAAAUAUCAGCAAAAUUUAUGAAUUCAGAGAUGAAUGCAUUAGAAUAUACAUUUUGUUUAUCACUGAAAGAAGGCUUUGAGUUGAAAAGCCAAGGAUCUGAAGCAAAAGUGUAUGGAGGAAUUUUUUUAGGAAGAGCGGCAGUUUUAAAGGAGAGAUUUCAGAAAAAAUAUCGUCAUCCAGAUCUCGACAAGACACUUACUUCGGAACGCAUGCGAGCUGAAGUAAGAGCGUUAUACAAAUGUUACGAACUUGGUAUAAACUGUCCUUUAGUUUACUUUGCUGAUCUGAAUUCUCGUUGCAUAAUUUUUGAGGAAAUUCCAAAUGCCGUUACUGUGAAAGAAUAUUUAAAAUCUGUUCUCACAGAACAUGGCAUCAGUGGUAUUAAUGCUUUAACACCUUUAGCCAAAACAAUUGGAGAGGGGGUUGCUAAAUUGCAUAAAAAUGAUUUAGUGCACGGUGAUUUAACUACAUCUAAUUUGUUACUGAAACAAGAACUUCCCAAUAUUGCUGGCAAUGGAAGUUUCAGUGUCUGUUUCAUUGACUUUGGUUUAUCAAAGAGAGAUGUUGUUAUAGAAGAUAAAGCAGUAGAUUUGUAUGUGUUGGAGCGCGCAGUUUCAAGCUCACAUCCAAAUUCUGAUGAGUUUUAUGCUGAUAUAUUAGAAUCAUAUCUGAAAACUGUUGGACCUCAAGCAUGUGUUAUUGCAGAUAAAUUAGAGGAAGUUCGGCAGCGUGGCAGAAAAAGGUCAAUGGUUGGUUAAUGUGUAUACAUAUGUAUUAUGUUUAUUGAUUGUAUAAAUCAUGUAUAAAAAAUGAUUCAAGACUAUUUUUAAACAAAGUGCUUUAUACAGAA